ACAGCAGAGAACACCAACAAGCAGCACAGCUCAAAGCUCGGCACCACCCUCUCUCCUCGCCGUCGCAUCGCCUCCUGCUCCUCCGGCUCUUUGGUCUUCUCUUUUCGCGACUCAAACCCUUCGAGCAAAUCCCCCACAAGGAAAGAUCAAGUGGGUGUUCUUGUUUCACUUCUCAUUCCCCCCCCCUCCCAAGAUAAUCCUCGAGCUCGGGGUCGUCACCGAGGAGCUGCCAAAGGCGUCGUCCGAGCUUCGUCUUCCUCGUUCAAAAAAGUUUUUAUCGAGGAGAGACAUGGCGAGCUAUUCGUCGAUGGAUGCGUCAUUGCAACUCGCGAGAUUGGAGGACAAGCUUGCUCUGAAGAGGGUUUGUUCUUUCAAGUUGAUGCCCGGUAGUUAUGUCCUCAAGCGGUCCGUAAAUGAAGUUGCUCUGUCGCUUCAUAGUAAGGCUAGUGUCCGUCGGUGCUCUGUGGAGAAAGCGGAGAAAGUGGAGAAGUUUGUGGUCAUGAUGAGCGUGUCGCAGCCGCAGGGCGAGUCGCAGUCUGUCGGUGCGGUUGACACCGCGAUUUUCGGUGAAAAGGAAGCGGCGGGGAAGAAUCUUAAGAUCGUGGAAGAUGACUAUGAGUUGGUGACAGAUCGCAAUGGUAAUGGCGGGGACGGCUUCGAUGGUAACGGCGGCAAUGGGGGAUUCUCGAAUGGGAGAGGUGGUCAUGGAGGUGGCGGCGGAGGUGGCGAUGAAGGGAAUGACAAGGAAGAGGAGGAGUUCGGGCCUAUCAUGAAGUUUGACGAAGUGAUGAGGGAAACCAAGGCUCGAGGGGCUACUCUUCCUCCGGAUAUGUUGGAGGCGGCAAAGAGUGUCGGGCUUCGCAAGGUUCUUCUGGAAAGAUUCCUGGAUUUGCAGGGUUCCGUCUGGCCAUUGGGCUUUGCAAUGAAGUCGUGUUCUAUGCUUCGGAAUCGAAUGUUGGCUGAUCCAUCAUUUCUUUUUAAAAUUGGAACAGAGAUAGUUAUUGAUUCUUGUUGUGCGACAAUUGCGGAAGUUCAAAAGAGGGGCAAAGACUUCUGGGCAGAAUUCGAGCUGUAUGUUGCAGAUCUUUUGGUUGGGGUGGUGGUCAACAUUGCUUUAGUUGGUAUGCUAGCUCCCUACGCUAGGAUUGGUCAACCUUCUAUUGGCAAAGGGUUCCUUGGGCGCAUGCAGCAUGCAUAUGCAGCCCUUCCUAGCAGUGUAUUUGAAGCCGAAAGACCAGGAUCUAGAUAUUCUGUAAAUCAGAGAGUAGCCACAUACUUCUAUAAGGGAAUCCUGUAUGGUGCAGUUGGAUUUGCAUGUGGUAUCAUAGGACAAGGAAUCGCGAAUCUGAUCAUGACAACAAAGCGGAACAUAAAAAAAUCUGAAGAGGACAUUCCGGUGCCACCUCUUGUGAAGAGUGCAGCUCUUUGGGGUGUUUUUCUUGCGGUCUCUUCCAACACCCGGUAUCAGGUAAUCAAUGGACUAGAGAGACUGGUGGAAGCAUCGCCUCUUGCCAAACGCAUGCCGCCCAUCGCUAUGGCCUUCACGGUGGGGGUACGAUUUGCAAACAACAUAUAUGGUGGCAUGCAAUUCGUGGACUGGGCAAGAUUGAGUGGAGUACAAUAGUUAUCUAAUUUUCCCCUUCACUCAGCUAGCUCAUCGAUUGUAAGUCUAGAUGCUUCUGGCCAUUUGGUUAGACUCCGCCAGGGCGUUUAUAUCCCCCUGGAAUAGGUGUCGAAAUCUUUAUUAAUGCUUGGUGAUUUUUGAGGCCGGGUCGAAUUUCUGCUUACCAUAAUGCAGAGAUUGAGUGUUGCUCUUAACCUUAGGAAGGUUUUCUGCAGAAAUGAGUUUGUGACAUGCUCUGAGAAUAGAAUAGCGCAUCAAGUGUCGAAAGGCUAACUUGUUCACAGGUCUGAAGAGCUUGAAUUUCUA